AUGGAACAUAGAAGAUUGCGCAAAGGGCCGCUGCCUGGAGGUCGUCAGGGCGCGUCUGGAGCUGGCGCUGGACGCGACAGCAUGCGAACCGCCAGCCGAGUGCGAGGUGCUGCACGACCACCCAGCAGCCCCUCGCAUCCAUCAUCCCCACCAGCUUGCUUGGUGUCGGCAGGGUCUUCGCAGGCCCAGCAAUCGGCACCCGCCACUGGUGGAGUACGCCGCAUGCGAUGGACCAUCAAUAUGAAUUCAAACGCAUUGCGGGCGUAUUUUAGGGCGAAAGGGGGAGAAAUUGGAGGUUUCGCGUAUCGGGCUAGGAUGCAUCGUCUUUUUACUGAGCUGGAGCCAUCUAUUACUGUCACCGAGCAAAACCUGGCAGACCGAGUUCGGUAUAUCUUACGCUCAAAUAUAUUUGAUGGCGCCGAACUCGAACGGCUACGACGUGAGGCUGUUCCCUCAUCAAAUGAAAACGCUACGACUGAGGGUGCGGUGCCACAAGUUGCAGAACAACCCGCACACGUGGAUGCCGCCGAGAAUACCCCAGUGGUUGCUGAUUCAAAUGAUGAUGGAACAUUCACCCAGGAACUAGAAAUAGAGCAAAUGAGGAGUACAUUGGAAGAGGCGAUUAUGGAAACGCGCAGUACGCCUCUCGAAAAUCGACCGCGACUUCCCCGCAUAGCCCUAAGCAAGCGGAAUCGGGCUGUCGUGAGGGCUCUGAACCCAAUGCUGGUGACCUAUUUGGAAGCCAGCCGGGACCUUUGCGAGACGGACUCAAUUCUCUUUGGCGCCGCACUGGCAGUCUGCCGUAUUAUAGGCGCCAAACUUUCCACGGCUGGACGCACUACUGGACAAAGUAGUGCUAUCCCAGCCUGGAGAACAAGAAUUGAAGAACGUAUCGCAAAGGCUAGGGCCCUCAUCGGCAGACUGAUAUGCUUCAGGUCAGGCAAUACCAGGCCAAGGAUUGUGCGCACCGUCAGGAUGGCGUUUGCUGGGACAAAUGUUAGUUUGUCCCAGCCGGAUAUAAUGCAAAAACUGACGGAGCGCAUAGACGACCUGAAGCAGAGAAUCGAAAGCGGAUUCAACGAUAUACCGAGAGGUCGACACGGUUCAACCAGAAUCGUCUCUUCCAGAGUGAUCAGAAGAGGCUCUAUAAAUCAUUGGAGCGACCAAUGGUAA